AUGAUAUCGAGAGGCUUAGUGGUGGCCCACCCUAUCAUAAGGAACGUUACUAAUGUGGUGCUGACGUACACCAAAUACAAGGGCUGGAUAUACAGCGGUAAAGAGCACUGGAAUGUCGAUAAGAUUGAGCUAAUUAAUAGCGAUGGAGAUAUUUCCACAUACUGCGGCUUUGCCACAAAACUCGACAACUCCCAGCCCCACAAACUAAGCCUACUGUCCGGCAACUGUACCAAUACGAUACCGGCCGCCUCGAGCACCACCACCACGAGCGCCUCCAUAUUACAGCCCCAUAGGAUCGCCAAACUGUUCUGGCAAGUGGUGGGCGCGCCCGUCAAGGGCUCCCACCCUAAGCCACCGAAACUAUUCUGGAAAAUACUGAUCAACGAACAGCCGGUGCCCAUCGAUGGCGACGAGGGUGUAGGCGCUGAGGAACGAUACUUUUGGUCGCCAUAUAUCUGAUACCCCGGCCUAUGGAUAUAUAGUGUAACCCCAAUAUUGUGAGCU